CAUAAAAGUAACGGAAAAACAAAGAGUGCAUAACAGCGAUGAGUGGUGAUCUUCCGACGGUGUUGGUGACCAACGACGACGGAAUCGACGCCCCCGGCCUCCAAGCUCUUGUUCGUACCCUCGUUUCCUCCGAUCUGUUCCAAGUCUUCGUCUGCGCACCUAAUAGCGAAAAGUCUGCUGUUAGUCACUGUAUCACAUGGAGAAAACCUAUUUCAGCCAAGCCUCACGACAUCAGUGGUGCCGUUGCUUUUGCAGUUUCUGGAACUCCUGCUGACUGUACGUCGUUGGGUAUUUCUAAAGCUCUCUUUCCCUCAAUGCCUGAUCUGGUAAUCAGCGGAAUUAACAUGGGUAGCAACUGCGGUUAUCACGUAGUUUAUUCAGGGACAGUAGCAGGCGCUCGUGAAGCAUUUCUCAAUGGUGUACCUGCUGUUUCUAUAUCAUAUAAAUGGGUUCAUGGGAUUAGUAAUGUCAAUGAUUUUGCAUUAGCAGCUGAGGUUUGCUUGCCCGUGAUCAGUUCCAUAUUAGCUGAAAUCAAAAAUAAAACUUACCAUCACAACUGUUUUCUGAAUAUAGAUGUGCCAACCAAUGUUGUCAACCAUAAGGGUUACCGGCUGACCAAGCAGGCAACUACACAUCUGAAAACAGGGUGGAGGCAAGUCAGUAGUGACACUCAAGGAGGGAAAAUGUUAUCAACAAUGACUAUGGAUAUGGAUGCAUCAUCAUACUCUGAAUCAGAGGCUUUGAAUUUGCAAGACGAACACCGUUUUUUUGAGAGAGAAGUAACAGGAUCACCACGCGGGGAAGUUGGGGGCACUGACUUAGACUUAUUUGCACUUCGAGAUGGAUAUAUAAGUGUCACUCCUCUUGGUGCUUUGUCACGAGCAGACUCGGAUAGCCACAUCUACUUUGAACAGUGGCUCCCGCGUGUGGCUGAAUUCGUCGCGUCUUCAACUCCGUAAACACACAAGUUCUGCUCUUUCUCCACUGUCACCUGUGACUGAGUUUUUUUUAACCAGUGUGUUAUACUCCUUAAUAAGAUUGAGCUUCUUCUUUUCCUUGUGAAAGUCUUGUUUUGGUAAUUACCUUAACUAUUAGCCUUGUUUGGCAAAUAAUACUUCAUUGUAGUAUUACUUAGACUUAACAAUUAA